UUUGACAUAUGCAAGAGACAAUAGUUGAAUAUUACUUUUUGAUAGGCAAGGAAAAUAAAACAUUUAUAUUAAAUGUAAAAGUUUCGUGAAAUAUGUAUUUUAAAGCAUAUAAUAAGUGACAUUACAUAUAUUCAAACGAUAGCAAUGAAGGAGAGUCAACGCGUAGACAAAAACGAAAUGUUGACCAUACAUAAAAUUCUGUUUACGUUAUGUUCUAUUGUGAUAAUUUACAAUUAUUAUUACACUGAAGUGAAUGUGGUUUGUGUAAAGGACCCGAAAUUUACACUUCUCGACCCCCAAAAUACAACAGUUAUUAAAGUAGACGAUGUUUACGAUCAACUUAUUGAUAUCAAGAAUUUUUCGUUCAAAAUAAAUCCUCAGCCUUGCGAUGAGUACCCAGCAGGCUUCUUACUCAUGAUUAUCGUAUCUUCGAACCCUAGUAACUUUGAUAACAGGAUGGUUAUUCGUAGCACAUGGGGCCGAGAGAUAGAGUCGACAAAAUUAGUGUUCCUUGUUGGUGAGCCAGAAAACUUAACUAUUUCUCAGAAAGUGCUAGCUGAGAGCGCUCUGUACGGAGACAUAGUCCAAGGUAACUUUAAAGAUGAAUACAGAAACAUGACUUACAAGCAUGUGAUGGGAUUGAAAUGGGUUUCCCAUCACUGUUCACAAGCCAAAUAUGUUUUGAAGACAGAUGAUGAUGUGAUAGUUAAUUUGGACGCGUUGUUACACUUCCUGGGGCGGGAACUGUCGCCAUGGGGUGCGAAAGGUUUGAUAACUUGCCAUGUUGCGGUACAUGCAGAGGUGCAGAGGUCUGAUGAAUCAAAAUGGAAAGUGACUGCCGAGGAAUACAAGUUUGAAUUUUAUCCCAAUUAUUGUGCAGGUUGGGCUAUUCUUUACUCCCAAGAUGUGGUACCACAGCUACUCAAAGCCGCACAAAACACACCAUAUUUUUGGAUUGAUGAUGUACACAUAACAGGGGACUUAGCACAGAAGAUUGGUGUUGCCAGAACCCAAUUAUCCAAUUUAAUCUUGAGCUCGAGGAAGGCAGAUGUGUUGGCCAAACUGGGACCAAGAUAUGCCGGCCAUUUCCUAUUCGGACCUCCAGAUUUGAAGGUUGAGAGGAUUAACCAACUUUGGCAUGCCUUACAUGAUUCAUAAUAGUAUUAUGCAAUAUCUAUGAGUAUGUGGCUUUCCAGUAUAUGGGUUAGCUGUGCUACAGGGAUCGCUGCAGUCCAUGGAUGGCAAAUACCGUUUACCAUCAGGAAAACAAUUUGUAAUAAACCAGUUUUUAAAGACAUAGGUGAUAAUAACUUAGAUGCAUUUAAGAUGAAAGGUGGAGUUAUAUUUGUAAAAUAUUGCUAUCAAAGAUUCGUUUUUAGGUAUAUGCUAUCAUAGGUAAAUGUGAAUUGCUAUGUUUAUGUUUUUUAUAACUUAAUUUAUAACAACUGUUAGGUCUCAAAUGACAAUCUAGUAUUGUGCUUAUAAUACUAACUUCACACAGCCUGAAAAUUCUUUGAGAAAUUCUCAGGUCUGCUGAUUUCCUCACAAUGUUUGCCUUCACCGUUAAAGCAAGUUAUAAUUCACAAAGUAUACAUACAUAACUUUAGAAAAAUUAGAUGUAUUUGCCCUUGAGUUUUAAACCUGUCGAUAUUCGUCUCAGCAGUCCAUUCCACUCGCAACUAGGCUCUUGCUGCUUUUAUGGAUAGAGUGAUUAUGAGAAAGGUUGAAAUAUGUAUAAUGCAUUAAUGUUUUAUAUGAUAAAAAAAACUAAGGCAUAUUUGCUUGGAAGCAUGUGAAGCCAGAGAGGGUGGCUAGUGUAUUAUAAAUGUGAUGAUAUUUAUAUGUGUGUUAGACAAUCACAUACACACCAUAAUAAAAUUUAAUAAGCUUUAGCACAAAUAAUUUAAGAACAGAUUAUCUCAUAAAAUAAUUUAAAAGGUGAUUUUCUACUUAAUAUUUGUUUUAAUUUCUUAUCCCACCUGUUUAGUUUAGUUUGAGUUUAAAUUCAGAAUGUUUUUUAUAUUGUUUUUAUCUUACUUACUAUAUAAUAAUUAAUGGAAAUGUUUGUAAACAGUUUUAGAUGUUCGUUAGGAGUAAACGCAGUAACCACUGAAUGAAUUUGGAUGAAAUUUGGCACAUGGAUGGAUCAUAUUCUAGAUUAACAUAUAAGCUACUCUUUAUUUUGGCAAUUUGCUCCCAUGUGAAAUAUUAGAUUUUUAAUCCGAUUUUUCAGUAGACUGCGUUAGCGUCAUAUGGAUGAUGCUAUGGAUCAUAUUCAUUCAUUUCAUUCAGGAUAUAGAGAUUUUUUACGAGGUUAUAUCAUAAAAGUAUUAACUUGCUGUUCAUGAAUGUCAUAUAAAUAACAUAAUGUUUUAGUUAAUAUAACAAUAUUAAUAAUAUCCGAAUAAUUAAGUCAUAAAAUUAAAUAUCCGAAUAUAUAUUAAGAUCUAUUUCAUAACCAUUGCCAAGGCUCAAUGAAUUGUCAGUCCAUACAAAAUUACUUUCCGGAGAUUCGAGUAAACGAUCGAUCGAAAUAGACCAAUCGGAACACAGUUUGACAUGCUUACAAAAGAGUUAUUUUGAUUGGUCCAUUCUCGGGAUCCUCAAAGAUUUAAAUUGGAACUUUUGUUGAAAGUGGCCGUUAGUCAAACAACUUCUAGAUAUUAUAAAGAAGUGCAGGAGAAGCUUAAUAAAAUAUCUAUUUUAAUUAUUUUUUUUUUGGGUAAAGGAAAUUGUGAAACAUUUUCCAUUCGCGAUUUUAGCCUGAAAUCAUGAUAAAAUAAUUUUCAAACUAGUUUUCAAAUAAAUAUAAAAAAAUUUUUUGA